AUGCUGGGAAUAGGCACGGCGAUGCUGUUCCCUCUGUCCCCUCUCCCCUCUGCCCCUCUCCCCCCCCUCCGCACUUCACGCCAAAGUGGCGAAGCGUCAUAUCAUCGUCAUCAUCAUGCUUCAUACCAGGGAACUCCAGCACAGCCGCCCUACACAAGUGCUGUCAGGUUUUCCACUCUGGGCUCUCUCCUCUCUCUCUUCCCCCCCACGCCGCGCACAAGUUCCACGGCGUUCCCUGCUCCGCAUCGCCAGCCAACCGCAAACGCCGAAAAGGGACUGGCUGACCCAAAUGUCUGGGGCGCUAAAAACAGACGAGAGCUGCGGUACAGUGACAUGGACGGCGAGCCAGCCGGAGGGGAAGCUCAGGUUACACAGCUCGCCAAGGCAGCCAAAGAGCAGGCGACCUGUCAAUUCGCCGCUGCUAUUGGACGGCGCCGCGCAAUCCUGACAUCGCCCGAGUGCGCCUUCAGGAGGCAGGAGGUGAAGGCGGCGUGGGGGUUUGCGUUGCGCAUUGCCUCUCGUCUGGAGGCGAGCGUGAUGGCUGCCCCGGGGGCGCUGGCCAAUGUCAGCUCGCGGCGAGCCAUCCAGUCCGUCCAUGGCGUAGAUCAGAAGACCAAGAUCGCUGAUGGUACCUGCUUCCAGCUGGUUGCUUCCAGCUGGUGGGAGUACGACUUUACUCUCUGUGCGGAGAAUGUACAGUGUUGGACGGCCUCCGGGGGUGGGCUCCUCCUGUACUCUCCGGCUUGGUAUUGCACCUUUGCCCCGAAGCUGCAGCAUCCCGGCGUCGAGCUUCUGACUCGGCCUGCGCUGCACACGCAAACAGGCCAUGUUUUCAACCAUGCCGCCCCCACCGCUUCCUCAUGA